GACAUGGAACUGGGAAAUCGCACGGUCCUGACUGAGUUCAUCUUGGUAGGGAUCUCAGCAGACCCCCGCUGGCAGAAGAUCCUGUUUGGAAUAAUUCUCGUCAUCUAUUUGGCAACCCUGACGGGGAACUUGACCCUGGUUGUCCUGAUCCGGAUCGACUCCCGGCUGCACACACCUAUGUACUUCUUCAUUGGUGGGCUGUCUUUUUUGGACUUCUGGUAUACCUCCGUGUACACCCCCAAAAUUCUGGCCAAUUGUGUUUCCCAAGACAAACGCAUAUCCUUGGCAGGAUGUGGGGCUCAGUUGUUCUUCUCCUGUGUUGUGGCCUACACUGAGUGCUACCUGUUAGCAGCCAUGGCCUAUGACCGCUAUGUGGCAGUUUGUAGCCCACUGCUGUAUUCAGGUAUCAUGUCCACCUCUCUCUGCACUGGGCUUGUCGCUGGCUGCUACACAGGAGGGUUUCUGAAUGCCAUAGCCCACACUGCCAACACUUUCCGGCUGCGUUUCUGUGGUAAAAAUAUUAUUGACCACUUUUUCUGUGAUGCUCCACCUUUAGUAAAAAUGUCCUGUACAGACACUCGAGUCUAUGAGAAAGUCCUCCUAGGGGUGGUGGGCUUCACUGUCCUCUCCUGUCUUCUCGUCAUCCUUGUUUCCUAUUUCAACAUCCUCUUGGAUAUCCUGAGGAUCCGCUCAGCCUCAGGGAGGCACAAGGCUUUCUCCACCUGUGCUUCCCACCUGGUCUCAGUCAUGUUCUUCUUUGGAUCCUUGCUCUUCAUGUAUUCAAGGCCAAGUUCCAGCUACUCCCUGGAGAAGGACAAAAUGGCUGCCUUAUUCUACACUGUGGUCAACCCACUGCUCAAUCCUCUCAUCUACAGCCUGAGAAACAAAGAUGUCAAGGAAGCCUUCAGGAAGGCCACACAGACCGUACGACCGCAGGCAUGA